AUGGCCGAGAAGCCUAGCCCGCUCGAGGUUGGCCCAAAAUUCGGGACGCUUGCCGGUCCGGCAUCAAGACGAGAUCUGAUUGCCGCUUACGCUAUAUAUAUGAAGCGCUGUACAACUGUUCCUGAUUUCGUUUUCGGCGUUCAUAAACCUUUGUGCACCUUUGGUGUUUGUUUUGACGUGAACGCUAGCUUGGGAGGCUAA